GUACAUACUUUAAUCGUACGAAUGUUUUUAUUUAUGCACAAACGUUGUGAGGUUUGAAUCGGCUCCACGGGCCGCCGGGCGCCGCCUGCUGACGGAGCGCGCCGCGCGCGUCCGGUUCUCCGGUAGGAAGCAGCGACGGUUGCCUGCCUUCGUGUUAACCGAAGAUGGCGGUUUCCAGCGCGGCGUCGGUGUGUCGUUACUGGACGCGCUUUGACUUGCAGCAGCUGCAGAGGGAGCUGGACAGCACCGCCACGCUCCUGGCCAGCCGACAGGAUGACAGCGAGCAGUCCAGGAAGAAACUCAUCGACCAGAGCCGUGACUUUAAGAAGAACACGCCAGAGGAUCUGAGGAAGCUCGUGGCUCCGCUGCUGAAGAGUUUUCAGGCCGAGAUUGAUGCGUUGAGUAAGAGGAGUAAAGAGUCAGAGACGGCCUUUCUGAACGUCUAUAAACGACUGAUCGAUGUGCCGGAUCCGGUGCCGGCGUUGGAGUUGUCGCAGCAGCUGCAUCUCAAGGUCCAGAGGAUGCAUGAUAUAGAUACAGAGAACCAGAAGUUGCGCGAGACGCUCGAGGAGUACAACAAAGAGUUUGCUGAGGUCAAGAACCAGGAGGUGACCAUUAAAACACUAAAGGAGAAGAUCAGAGAGUAUGAGCAGAGCGUGAGGAACCAGGCAGAGAAUCUGGCCUUGGAGAAACACCAACAGAUUCAUAAAGACUAUGCGGAGAAAGAGAGGAAGUUCCAGGAGUCGCAUGAGUCUUUGGUUGGUAAACUACAGGAAGCUGAACUGAAAGCCCAGACCCUGCAGACAGCACUUGAACGAACUCAGACUGAGCUUUUUGACCUGAAAACCAAGUAUGAUGAAGAGUCGACUGCAAAGGCUGAUGAGAUUGACAUGGUGAUGACUGAUCUGGAGCGAGCCAAUCAGAGAGCAGAAGCUGCUGAGAGGGAGCUGGAAGCUCUGAGAGAGCAGCUCGCGUCAGUCAACAAAUCAUCCCAACCUCCGACACGGAUCGACUCGACUCCGUACACGGAUGAGAGUGGCGAGCUGGUGCCGCGCUCGAGUGUGGAGGCAGAGCUCAGUGCGAAGGAGCGUGAGAUGCUCCAGCUGGUGGAGGACGUCCAGAGACUGCAGGCCAGCCUCUCCACGCUCCGAGAGAGCUCAGCCGCUCAGAUCAGCCAGCUGCAGCAGCAGCUCAAGAGCCAGACCGACACACUCCAGCAUCUGGAGGAGAAGCUGCAGACACAAGCAGACUACGAGGAGGUUAAGAAAGAGCUCAGCAUCCUGAAGUCGAUGGAGUUUGGGCCGUGUGACCGCUCCACAGCACAGGACUCAUCUAAACCGUUAGAGGUGUUGCUGCUGGAGAAGAACCGCAGCCUGCAGUCUGAGAGCGCGUCCCUGCGCAUCGCUAACUCUGAGCUCAGCAGCCGCUGUGCGUCUCUACAGCUGGAGUUCUCCGCAGCAGUGAAGACCAGCGCUGAACAGAAAGAGCUCAUCCUCAAACUGGAGCAGGAUCUCAGCACCAUCCAGACAAUGUCACGACCCGACGCUGAGGGUGCAGACAGCAGCACAGUGAUCGUCCCUGAGCCCAUUAAAGAGGCCACUGCUCUGUUCACAGGUGUGGCCGGCUCUCCUCAGACGGAUCUUCCUCAGGCUCAGAUGGACUCUAUGCUGUCCAUCAUCUCCAGUCAGAGGGAGAGGUUUCGCUCGCGUAACCAGGAGCUGGAGGCCGCAAACAGCUCCCUGCAGCAGACCUUACAGACUCUUCAGAGCCAGCUGGACAGUCUGCGGGCCGACAACAUCAAGCUCUACGAGAAGAUCAAGUUUCUGCAGAGCUACCCAAACAAAGCUGGAGACAGUGAUGAUACAGUGAUGCGUUACUCGUCUCAGUAUGAGGAGAGACUCGACCCCUUCGCCUCCUUCAGCAAAAGGGAGCGUCAGCGGAGAUAUCAGAGCCUCAGCCCGUGGGACUCUGUGCUUCUGUUUCAGGGUCGUGUGAUCCUGUCCAAUAAGACGGCCAGAACUGUGGCGUUCUUCUACACGCUGAUGCUGCACUGCCUCGUCUUCCUGGUGCUGUAUAAAGUCGCCUGGAGUGAGAGUAUCGGUCGGGACUGUGCUGCAUUUUGUGCAAAGAAGUACUCAGACCACCUGCACCGUUUCCACGAGGAUGGAGACACGUGGCAGUAGCAGCUUCUAUCCACUAGAGAGAGCUGUUCACAUCAAUCAUACUUUUAUGACGUGACAGUCGUAGAUCGUCAUUGAAUUACUGGUACAACAGGUUAGUUAGGGAAUAUACUGGGUUAAAUAUUAAAUUGACAGGAGGUUUAAAGGUGUGAUGCUGUUAAUUUACAUAACGAGAUAUUCUGCAGGUCAUGCACAUUUUCCAUUUCACUUCAAUGAAAUCAGUCGGCUCUAACAUCUGUGACAUCUGUCCAGGGGUGAUGUGUUGCUCUAGCAUACAUGAUUCUAACGCUUUACAGAGAGACAAAUCAGUGAUAAUGGUUUAUUUAACCUUGUGCCAGAUACUUCAACACAAAGCAUCUGACAAUAUUUGUAUCCCUUUAUUUUGUAUAUUUAACUGUUGAGACUUUAGUCUCUUGAUAUUAAAUUUAAGCUUUUAGGGAACAUGUGUUUUUCUUUAUUAUGAGGUUAAGGUAUUAAUAAAACUGCCUUUCAGAA